AUGGCCAUACUCAGGGUCCUGCCCGAAGCCCAAGCCAAGGUGGCUGUGUUCCGUGAAGACCUAUGUACUAAGACAGAGAACCCGCUCGGGAGCUAUUUCCCCAAGAAGAUUUCUGAGUUGGAUGCAUUUUUAAAGGAGCCAGCUGUCCAUGAAGCCAACCUGAGCAAUCUGAGCCCCCUGGACGUCCCAGGGCCUGAUCCAGUCAAGGAGAAAGAAAAGGAAGAGCAGAAUAAACAGCAGGAGAAGGAAGACAAGGAUGAAAAGAAGAAGGCGGAAGAUGAAGACAAAGGUCCUCUUUGUGGCCCAGUGAGCUGCAAUGAGAAGAUCGUGGUCCUCCUGCAGCGCCUUAAGCCUGAGAUCAAGGAUGUCACUGAGAAGCUCAACCUGGUCACCACCUGGGUGCAGCUGCAGAUACCUCGGAUUGAGGAUGGGAACAAUUUUGGAGUGGCCGUCCAGGAGAAGGUGUUUGAGCAGAUGACCACCCUUCACAGCAAGCCGGAAGGCUUCCACACUCAAAUCUCUAAAUAUUUCUCUGAGCGCUCUGAUGCCAUGACCAAAGCAGCUAAGCAGCCCCGCGUGGGUGAUUAUCGGCGACGGGUGCACCAGCUGGAAGGGGCAGAGUACUGGGAUAUCCGGCUGAGGGUCAUGGAGAUCUGCAAGGCUUAUACUGUGUUCAACGACAUCAUCCUGAAGAACUUCGAGAAGCUCAAGAAGCCCAGGGGAGAAACAGAGGGAAUGAUCUAUUGGCCUCCUCUCAUAUUCUGUGAUGGGGACCCCAAAUUCAUAGACAUGUAUCGCCAUCUGCCGCUGGUCCAAGGUACCAUCUCUGCGUUGGUCUGCACAGGGGUCACGUGUGGGCUGCCAAAGCUUGACAGCGAGAGUGGCCUGGCGCCGUGGUUAGCGCAGGCCUUGUGA